AUGGUCCAGAGGGUGGCAAUCAUUGGAGCUGGGGCCAGUGGACUGGCCUCCAUCAAGUGCUGUCUGGAUGAGGGGCUGGAGCCCACAUGCUUUGAGCAAAGUCAUGACAUCGGGGGCCUCUGGAGGUUCACAGAAGCUGGGAGGAUCAGUGUCUACAGAUCGGUGAUAACCAACACCUCCAAGGAGAUGAUGUGUUUCAGCGACUUCCCCUUCCCAGAGGAUUUCCCCAACUACAUGAACCACUCCAGACUCCUGGAGUAUUUCAGAAUGUACGCUGAGCACUUCAGCCUUCUCAGAUACAUACGCUUCGAGACCACAGUUCACAGUGUAAGGAAAUGCCCAGAUUUCUCCACCACUGGCCAGUGGGAUGUUUUCACUGAGACUGAUGGGACGGUUGAGUCGGCCGUUUUUGACGCUGUUAUGGUUUGCAGUGGCCAUUAUGCAGAGCCCCAUUUACCACUGGAUUCUUUCCCUGGUAUAGAAAAUCGCUUUAGAGGCCAGUACCUCCACAGCUGGGAAUACAAAGACUCUGCCAGUUUCCAAGGGAAGAGAGUCCUUGUGCUCGGUGUUGGGAAUUCUGGAGGAGAUAUCGCCGUGGAGAUCAGUCGGGUGGCUGCUCAGGUGUUUCUCAGCACCAGAAGUGGCACGUGGGUGAUUAGUCGUAUUUCAGACCAUGGCUUCCCUCUUGACAUGAUGCUCACCACUCGCUUUCACAACUGUCUCGAAAACUUCCUCCCAUCAGCCCUCAUGAGACGGCUAAGACUGAAGAAGUUCAAUACAUGGUUUGACCAUGCAAAUUAUGGCUUGAUUCCUCAGAAAAGUCCAAACCUAAGCUUAAUUGUGAAUGAUGAGCUGCCAAGCUGCAUCCUCUGCGGUGCUGUUGUGGUAAAACCAAAUGUGGAGGAGUUUAUGGAAAGCUCAGCUGUCUUUGAAGAUGGGACCGUAGAGGAGAACAUCGACAUGGUGGUCUUUGCUACCGGAUACACUUUCUCUUUUCCCUUCCUUGAAGAGUCUGUUCGCAACAUCUGCAGAAGCAAGUACGCCCUUUACAAAUACAUCUUCCCACCCCCUCUGGAGAAGCCGACGCUGGCUGUCCUAGGCCUUAUAGAGCUAACAGGCUCCAUCAUGGCAGGAACAGAACUCCAGGCUCGUUGGGCCACAAGGGUCUUUAAAGGGUUGAAUCAGCUCCCUCCUGCCAGCAGGCUGAUGGCUGAAGUUGCCAAGAAGCAGCAGCAUCUAAUUAAACAGGGUCUUUCCAACAAGGAGAGCAAAAUCAAGAUGAGUUACAUUGGCUACAUGGAUGAAAUUGCAUCAUGUGUUGGUGUAAAACCCAACGUGCUGCUGCUGUUCCUGAAGGAUCCCAAGCUGGCCCUGGAAGUUUUCUUUGGCCCAUGCACCCCUUGCCAGUAUCGCCUGGCUGGACCAGGAAAAUGGGUAGGAGCCAGAAACACCAUCCUGACCCAGUGGCACCGGGCUCUGAAGCCCCUGAGAACUCGAGUCAUCAAUGAUUCUUCCAAUCACUCUUUGGUUUUCCACUGGUUUACAAUUCUUGGCCUUCCUGCACUCCUUUGUGCUGGUUUACUUAUUUGUAAAUAUUCCCCUCAGCUGUGGUUCCCCGGGGUAAGAUUAGGUGCUAUUCCCAUACGUAAAAUGGGCUUUAUGAAAGGAGGGCUCUGA